CGCCGGCGCUCACACACUCCACUCUCCACACUUUGUUUCCAUUCCGUCCGCUCGCAGUGGCCGAGGCACACACGGCGCCGUCAGCAGCCCCCUCCACACAUACACACACACACAUACACACACUCACUUGCUCUCUCUCUCAGACACACAGACACAGAGCGAGCCAGCCACGGGCUACCUGUGCGCUCUGCGGCCGCUCCGCCCGGGAGGGGACGGACUCUUCCUGUCAUUCCCAGAUUCACUGGAAAAGAGAGUAAAACUACCGACCCGGGCUGCAGACCCGAGCGGAGAGAGAGAGAGAGAGAGAGAGAGACAGGAGGCUCAACUUGGCUGAUUCCAACCCAGGCGGCUUGAACUGAGCUGGAAGUUUUCCCGGCCGAUCGGAGAAGGAAUAAUUUGGAGCGGCACGCGGCGCGGUUGUGGAUAUUUGCGUCCACCUUGCCUCCUGCUCAGAAGAAUGGCGAGAGAUUACGCAUCGCGCCGCCCGGGCUCCUGGCUGGCGGCGGCGGCGGCAGCGCUCCUCCUCGCAGCUCAAGGUAUUUGGUGUCAGAAGGUGCGGGUUGAAGAGGAGCUGGAGGCGUAUCCCACGGAGUCUGUUGAUCUCCGCUGCCAGUUCAUCGACGGAGGAGGCCUGACCAAGCUCACGCAGGUGUCGUGGAUUUGGGAGCCCGUCGAUGGCCAAAGGGACAACAUCGCCGUUUACCACCCGGUUUAUGGCGAGAGCUUCCCCAACCUGUCCUUCAAGGGCCGGGUGGCGUUCCUGCACAACAGACUGGAGAACCCCUCCAUCCGGAUUUCUAACCUGAGGAUGUCGGACGCCGGGCGCUAUACCUGCGAGUACGCCACCUACCCGUCUGGAAAUGAACAAGGAACAACAACCCUCAUCAUGCUCGCCAAGCCCAGAAACUCCGCCAACGUGGUGACGGUCCAGGCGGGCACCAAGUCGGUGGUGGUGGCCCGGUGCGAGGCGGCGGACGGCAAACCCGCCGCCACCAUCAAGUGGCUGGCGUCGGUGGGAGGCAACCACUCCACCAGCAGCACCAGCGGGCCCGACGGCACGGUGACGGUGCGCAGCGAGUACCGGCUGGUCCCCACCGCCGCGGACAACGGCAGGGAGGUGACCUGCAUGGUGGACCAGAGGACGCAGGAGAGGCCGUGGGUCAACUCCGUCAAGCUCUCUGUGGAGUACCCCCCCUCUGUGUCCAUAGAGGGCUACGACAACAACUGGUAUGUUGGCCGUUCUGACGCCGCUCUGCUGUGUCUCGCCAACGCCAACCCGGCGCCCACCACCGUCACCUGGACCGCGGCUUCAGGGCCGUUGCCGGAGACGGUUGUGGUGGACGGCAACAGGCUGGAGGUGAGGAAAGUGGACGAUGCCGUCAACACCACGUUCAUCUGCGAGGUGAAAAACAAACACGGGGCCAGCAGGCAUCAGAUCACCACCUUCGUCAGCGAAGAGGAGCGGCAGUUCAUCCCCGGCCCGUCGACGGGAGCCGUGUUAGGAGGCAUCCUGGGCACGCUGGCCUUCAUCAGCAUCAUCGUCGGCAGCGUCCUCUUCAUCCGAAAGCGCCAGCAGGACGGAGAGGGCCCACCCAAGCACAAGCCCCCUCCCCCUGUGAAGGCAGGCAGCUCCACCGAGAUGCUGAACAAGCCGUCGGAGCCUCCCACAGCCACAGAGACGCUGCCUCUGAGCCCAGGAGAGGUUUACUACGAGCCCACAGGAGGAGAGCCUGUCACAAAUCUGGAUGAGGAGACGACGGUCGGCGCCCUGAACGGCGGCGCCCCUCCGGUCCUGGACAGCUCGGCCAAGUACGACAACGUCGGCGAGCUGAAAGACCGCGCCGGUGACGGCUACCACGGCAACGAACUGGAUUCCUCCAGCCGCGAGCCGCCGGCCGCCAACAUCUCCCGCGGCGAGAGCUUCGUGUCUCCCGCCAUGUACGUGUAGCGGCGGCGGCGGCGGCGGCCAGAAAGCGCAGAGUGACGGCGUGCAGGCAGGUCCAGGUCACCUCCAUUAGCAGAGGCGAGCACACAACACCAUCAGACACCCUCUCAAUUGUAACUUUCAGUCUCACUGAUGAAUGUUUUGGGUUUAUUUGUCCUUAUCGGGUUUUUUUAGUGGGUGUUGUGGGUCAUUUAUCUGUUUACAUAUAUAUAAAUAUAUAUAUUUAUCUGGGAGUUUUUAUUUUUGUCUUUUAAACUUCUGCAAACUAGAGUGUUGCUAAAUUGAGAAAUACGUUUAAAUCAACGAUACCUGACAAGCCAGACAGCAAGGCGAGGCUCCCUAAUUUGUACAGCACAUUUCCUCAACACGGUAAUUCAAACUCAACGGUGAAAUGCGAGUCAGAACAAACAGCGGCAGGAGAAUUAAAGAUAACAGAGCGGGGAGGAAUGAAAACAGCCCAGUGAAAAGAAAGGUCUUCAGUCUGGUGUGAAAAGAGCUCGGAGUCGUCCCGCGGUUCUCUGGGAGGCUGCCUGGAAUAUUUGCUGCAUGGAAACCACAAACAGCCUCUGCCUGUUUGGUUCCGACUCUGGGAAAGCCGGUCUGAUCCGGACGGCGCGGCGCAGCAGAUUAUUAGACGAACACUCAGCUCACUGCGUGUGCGCAAAAUUAGAAAUUACACUUAAAAAAAAAAACCAGCGUUGUCGCCGGAUUCCCUCAUGAAUGUUUCAUGCCUUGUCUUGCGUCGUGAACGUGAUCAAAAUCUGAACGACUGUCGCAUGUGAGGCUGAGUCCUGAGCCGCUCUGUGCAAAACAAGCUUUCUCCUCCAUAUAGACGUCUGGAACAUCAGGCUUCCACGGCAGUCGACAGAGUCCUGCACACGCAGUAGAAAUACCUUUGAAAUCCUGUGUAAGAACCCCUCUUUCACCGUUGGGUGACUUUGAAUUACACAAAGCUGAAUUUAGUCCCGAGAAAGUCCCAGACCAGGUCGUGUCGCUGUCCAGGCAGCUUCAAUUAAUCACUCCACCAAAAACUUUCCAAGUAUUUCACUUAUUCUUCAACUUUUACAAUAACUUUAAAAAAAAAAAGAAGAGACUCUCACCCAGGGCAGCGGUCCAUUAAAGAAACAUUCCACUUUAUUAUGUUGUCAAAGAGCCUCCAACGUGUGGAAGCAGCGAGCUGCUUGUUAGCGCCGACCAAAGGGAAUCACGGCGCUUUCAGCCCGCCGUAACCUGGCAACAUCACAUGAUUAGAACGCCAUGAUUCAUAUUUGUUGUGGUUAAUUGCAAGACUUGGUUGGACUGUGUGUUUGGGAGGUAAAAGUCUGCUUACAGCAAAGCACAUACACACACACACACACACGCACACACACCAAUUUUACUCGUCCGUCCCUGUCAAAUAACUCACACUUUUAAGGGUUGAGAAAAACAUCACAAGGAAUGUAUCGCAAAACCGUGUGAAAGCUCUGCAUAUAUCAGAAGAAUACUGCCAUUAAAACCAUUUUAACAGAUUAAAAUGGUCACACACUCUCAUAUAUGCAGAAUAUUUUGCGCCUGUAGAAAAUAUGCAUCUAUAUUUUAGCCAAUAGUACCUAAAGAGUUGAAAAAAAAAAAAGUAUUAAAAUAAGGUGAACAACAAGAUGCCUGCAGGCUAAAACAAACACUGGUGUUCAUAGAUGUCACAUUGUACCAAAUGAACAGUGUAAAUACUACUGAUGAAUAAUAUAUUGUGGGUGAAAUGUGUACACAUUAAAAAAAAAAACAAAGUGUAGGUGUUUUUUCAGUGCCUCUGUGCCAGGGGAUGGACGUGUGUUCAGUGUCAAAUGAGCGGUUAA